UGGCAACGUUGUUUCUCAACUUUCGUUUUCUACGUGUUGUGUGGUGCGGGUUGUGUCGUCGUGGAGAGGUGUUGAGCGUUAACUUUUUGUCCACAUUCGAAGCGUUUCCCGUCCAAGAUGCCUCGGCUAUGCCUGAACAAACUGUUAUCCAUAUCCGUCACCCUAACGUUCAUCGUUUUAUGCAGCCUAAAUUACGGACACGCCAACUAUAAAAAGAGCGCCACGCAGCUGACGCUGGGCGAGCGGGUCCAGCAGCUGACGGAGCUGAGCAAGAAGCGGCCCGUUAUCCGGCUCAACGCAGAGAAGUUCAAGCAGUAUGUGCGGGCGUCGCCGCGGAACUACUCCUUCAUCAUCAUGUUCACGGCCCUGUCCCCGCACCGGCAGUGCAGCAUUUGCAGCCAAGCCAACGAGGAGUUCCAGAUUGUGGCGAGCUCGUUCCAGUCCUUGGCCUACACCAACCGCCUCUUCUUCGGCCUGGUCGACUACGACGAGGGCCCCGAGGUCUUUGCUCAGCUGAAACAAAACUCUGCUCCCGUGUUCCUGCACUUUUCUGAGAAGGGACCCCUAAAGAAGGGAGACCAGAUGGACAUUCAGAGGAUUGGUUUUGGAGCGGACAGUAUUGCCCGAUGGAUUGCAGAACGUACUGAAGUCCAAAUCCGCAUCUUCAGGCCGCCAAGCUACUCGGGCACGAUUGCACUGGUCAUCCUGGUGGCCCUCAUCGGAGCGCUACUGUACAUGCGGAGGAACAACCUCGACUUCCUCUACAACAAGACGUCCUGGGGCAUUGCGGCGCUGUGCAUCGUGUUUGCAAUGACAUCUGGCCAGAUGUGGAACCACAUCCGUGGACCCCCGUUCAUGCACAAGACGCAGCGCGGAGUCGCCUACAUUCACAGCAGCAGCGGAGGCCAGCUGAUCGUCGAGACCUACAUCGUGAUUGCCCUCAACGUUGCUGUCGUCUUCGGCAUGAUUCUCAUGAACGACGCCGCAGAGUCGAAGGGUGACCCGAAGAAGCGCAAAAUCAUGGCUGUUGUGGGGCUACUCCUGAUGUCCGUCUUCUUCAGCUUCCUCCUCUCCAUCUUCCGCUCCAAAGCGCACGGCUACCCCUACAGUUUCCUGUUCAAGUGAGCGGUUCAGAAAAUGCCUCCCGGAUCGCUCGAAAGUCGCCGAAACGACAGCACCUUGGUUCGCUUGUCACGGGAAGAUCACUUUUGGAAGUCCUUGUCCUUUCUCUCUUCCCAGCACAUCCGUCCCCAAACCUUCCUUUCAUGUUUGUUUCACUGUACAUAGAAGUUAGGCCUUUCUAGGCCUUUUUAGGCCUAACUAGUUGAGCCUUUAUUUUUUUCAUUUUUGUUGAUACUGCUUGAAUUGUUUCGGUUCUUUUUUCAUUUUUACUUUUUCAAUAAAGGAGUCUGGAAGAAAACGAUA